AUGUCUUCUCUCAUCAACAAGGUCAAGGAAGCCAUGCACUCGGACAGCAAGUCCACCGAGCAGCCUGAGGGUACACACGGACCUCACUCCUCCAGACCCGCCAACACUGCCGAUCCCCGAGUUGACUCUGACCGCGAUCACCGCGCUGGCCACUCCUCCAACCUCACUGGCACUGGUACUACCACUGGCACUACCACUGGCGAUUACUCGACUGGCACCAACUACACCACUGGUACCCAUAACACCCGUGGCACCGGCGGCCCUACCACCACCACUGAUGGCCCUCACAAGUCCAACGUCAUGAACAAGAUGGACCCCCGAGUCGACUCUGACCGCGACCACAGCCGCAACAUGGGAGCCAACACUCACGGCACCUCUGGCACUGGCGCCUACAACGCCUCUAACUCUACCCGAACUGGUGGUAUUGGUGGCACAACUGGUAUUGGCGGCACAACUGGCACAACUGGCUACUCCAGCCGUGACACUUCUCUUCCUGAGGGCACUACCGGCCCCCACAGCUCUCGCAUGGCCAACGCCGCUGACCCCCGUGUCGAUUCUGACCGCGACGGCAGCCGCACCGCUGGUACUGGUACCUAUGGCCAGACCACUGUUGGAGGUGGAAUCGGCGGUACCUCUGGCACCUCUGGCUUCUCCAGCGCCGGUACUGGUGCUCACGGCCCUUCUCACACUUCCGGUCUUCCUGAGGGUUCCACUGGCCCUCACAACUCUCGCGCUGCCAACGCUGCCGACCCUCGUGUCGACUCUGACCGCGACGGCAGCCACCAGCUUGGCAACCGUGGUGUUGGUGCUGGUGCUGGCACUACCAACUACGGGUCUUCCACCGGUACUCAUGGUACUCACGGUACCCACGGUACUCAGGGCACCAGCAUGGGCGGCGCUGGCGGCGCCUACGGCACUGGCCCUGCCCCCAACACUGCCGGUCCUCACAAGUCCGACAUGUUGAACAAGGCCGAUCCCCGCGUGGACAGCAACCUCGACGGCAGCAAGACUGUCGGCCGCGACAAGACUUUCGAGCGCUCGAACGACUAUGCUGGCAAGGACCCCACAGAUGCGGCUCAGGUUCCCCCCUCUGUCCUGCAGAAGCAUGUGCCAUCUGAGAUCCAUCAUGAGCAUGAUGAGCACGAUCACACGCGACGACACAGCGUUUCCCACCAGGAGAAGCACCGGGGCCUGUAA